ACCCAGUGCCAUGCAAGGAUACCCACACAGUCAUGUAAACAGUUGCUCGCCUCUCUUAGUUGAGAGGAUGUGGGUUGCAGCACUCCUCCUUGUCAGCCUAUUCUCCCAUGGCCACGCUUUCCUGAAAGGUUCUCCAGACAUCAGGAGUUUCCAUCCACUGCCGCCAGUGUGUCCUGACUCUUUCUCAGGAUAUCUUCCUGCGCCUGACAGCUGCACCUCCUUCUACGAGUGUCGCGGGGGCGUGGCUAAACGACGAGAGUGUCCCCGUGGUAUGCUAUACAAUGCCAUCAGUCCCUCAGCUCGCUCUCCCUGCAAUUACUACUCCUACCGUGACGAGUGUGAAAGUCUGAUGUCAGCCUCUAUGAGUACUCUGCAGGGCAAGGCCAUCCCAAGGUUCUGCUUGAGUCUCUUCUCAUGGAGUAUUAUGUAUUUACAUACACGUCUAAUUCUGUACCUAUUUGAAAAAUAAAGCAAAGGUUAUUCAAA